UUUCUCAAGGUCGGUGCUGAAACACUCUCAAAUUGCAGGGAGCCCCACUUUCGUGUGACCCAAACUGAAUGGCUCGGAGCUGGGAUGACCAAGAAGGCGACUGUAACAGUGGCAAAACCUUCACCGCCUUUGAACGCUCUUUCAAGAUUUUUAUCGAACACCUUGUCGGCAAAACCUUUCGACCUUCUUAUAUAACGCUCCCCGAGCUCUCAAUCCCCAUUUUCACCUGCCACACCCACCUCUCUCUCUCUCUCUCUCACCCACCCAGAAGUCGGUUUGCUGCCAUUUACAAAUAGUAUUAAUUUCGUUCUAUGAACCCAAAAGACGAGAGCUACCCAAAGUCUCCACCUACUUCAGCCGAAUUGAACCCGGAGAAUCCGUUUCGACCCGAAAUGUCAGAACCGUUGUUGGGUUCUCAGUCAAUUCCUUCGUUUACUUCUCCUCUGAUGGAAUUUGAAGCCUUUUGUGCUCUAAACCCAUCGGAGUCUUCUUGGUCCUCUGGUGCUUUCGAGUUUGAUGAGAAAGCUCCAACUGCAACGUCUUCGUUUAUGGACGCUGGUGGCGCGGAGCACGUGGCCGUCCCGCAGCCUCUUGAAUGUCUACAGGACAGUCCGGUUCCGCCGUUUCUGUCCAAGACUUUCGAUCUGGUCGACGACCCGUCGCUUGAUUCGAUCAUAUCGUGGGGUUCCGGCGGCAACAGCUUCGUGGUGUGGGACCCAUUGGAGUUUUCCAGGCUCAUCUUGCCGAGGAAUUUCAAGCACAACAACUUCUCAAGUUUUGUCCGGCAACUUAAUACUUAUGGGUUUCGCAAGGUUGAUACAGAUAAGUGGGAGUUUGGGAAUGAAGCUUUCAAAAGGGGCAAAAGACAUUUGUUGAAGAAGAUCCAGAGGCGCAAGUCACCUCAAUCACUGCAGGUUGGGCCUUCUGCCGAAGCAGGGAGGCCCAGACUGGAAGGUGACAUUGAGACUUUGAGGAAAGAGAGAAGUAUGUUAAUGCAGGAAGUUGGUGACCUGCAGCAGGAACAGCUGGGUACAGUUCACCAUAUGAAAGUAGUGAAAGAGAGGCUUCAGUCUGCGGAGCAGAGACAGAAGCAGAUGGUUUCUUUCUUGUCCAAGUUGCUUCAAAACCCAGCAUUCUUAGCCCGCCUUCAACAGAAGACAGGACAGAAAGGUAUAGACUCUCCAAGGAUGAAGAGGAAAUUUGUUAAGCAGCAUCAGCAUGAACUAGGUAAAUCAGAUUCUUGUAUGCAAGGGCAGAUUGUGAAGUACCAACCUGCUUGGAGAAAUCUCUCUGUAGUCCCAGAGGUGAAUCCAGUAGUUCCUAUUGAACAAUCUCCUGAUAAUCUUUCACAAGUUAUGGCAGGAAAACUGGGUUUGGUUGCAGAAAGCAAGCCAUAUCAAUUUGCGGAUGUAGCAUCAGAUGAGUUAAAUUUAUCAGCUGAACCAGCAGUAAUGCGAGGGGUUAUCAAAACACCAGAGGAAGAAGGUGAAGGGGCGUCAAGCAUGGGAGCUGAAGAUCCAUUUCAAAAAGGGAAGAGUGUUCUGAGCCCAGAACAGGAGGUUAAUCCCGAGUAUCAUGUCUGUUUCCAGGAGGAUUUUGGGAAGAAUAAGAUGUUUCCGGAACUUUUCUCUCCAGGGAUCGAUAGCAUGAUUAAACAAGAAGAUAUAUGGAGCAUGGGUUUUGAUGUCAGUGCUGGUAUGUCAAGUUCUAGCAAUGAGUUAUGGAGUAACCUGGUCAACUAUGAUGUGCCGGAGAUGGGAGUGACAAGCGGAUUGUUAGAUAUCUGGGAUAUAGGUCCCCUGCAUGCAGCAGGAGGAUCAGGCAUUGAUAAGUGGCCAGCUGAUGAAUCUGCAUUUGAUGAGCCUGAUAGUCAAGCUGGCCAGCUGAAAGUCGAUACAUCUAAACGUAUUGAUCCAUAGGGGCUGCAUUUGCUUCUCCAUUUGCUGCCCUUGCGGAUCUUAGUCUAGUUGCAGGGGUCUAUUAUUUGGACGAUAUACUAAUGAAUUUAUUCAGUUUAUAUAAAAGUUCCAUCCUUCCUUUAUUAUCAGCUUUUAUUCCUUCAUCUUUGAUAUCCUUUCUGACUGUUCUUAUUUAUUCUAUAGGUUGCAUUCCUUCUAGUUCUAAGCUGCAUUGAUCUUAUAGUCCUGUUGCUAACAGAUAGUUUUGAGCUAUGAACACUGCAGGUCUUAACCCUUGCUAAGGGCAGCGCAUUUCUGUUGGGGGAACAUGGUCAUGCAUGCUCAAUUGCCCUUUCCAGCUCGAAAAAUUCCAGCAGGAUGAACUUAUUUGAUAGCUUCAAUCUUCUGGACUUUCAUCAUUUCUUCAGUUGGGGCGUGAAUAUAUACAGCGAAGAAGACAAAGUAAAGAUUGAUGAGCGGGGUUGCCUUGGCGUAUCCGAAUCCACCUUCUGCCAUUCCUCCACCAAUUGGCAUUUGGAUUAGCAUUAUUGGGUUUGGACUUAGAAUGUCAAUUUUUAUUAGUUAAACAAUCAUUAUUCAAUAAAGGGAGGAGAGGAAGUUCAGACUUCAGAGUAAAACGCUUUUCUUUUUGGGGUGAUAAGCCAUAUUCAUCAAGGGGCGUGUGUGUCAUAUGCAAUUAUACUUGUUCAAGGAGACGUUGGA